AUGGCCCCGAGCGAGAAGUCGCGCGGUCAGGCAGUAGAAGAGUGGAAGGCGUUCCUGUGGAACCCCAGGACACAGGAGUUCCUGGGUCGGAGCGGCACCAGCUGGGCCCUCAUCCUGUUGUUCUACCUGGUGUUCUACACCACCCUGACGGGUGUUUUCAGCCUGACCAUGUGGGUGAUGCUGCAGACUGUGAACGAGUAUGCUCCCAAGUACCAGGACAGGAUCACUAACCCAGGUGUGAUGAUCCGGCCCACAGCUGAAAGCCUGGUGGUGGGUUUCAACGUGUCGCAGAGAGCUACCUGGCAGAUGUAUGUUAACGCACUCAACGCUUACCUGGACUCCUACAAUGACAGUGUGCAGGUCUCCACUAAUGACCGCUGCAAAUCUGGAACCUACUAUCUGCAGGAGGACAGUGGGUAUGUGCGGAACACACCCAAGCGAGCCUGCCAGUUCAACCGCACCAUGCUGGGUCCAUGCUCAGGCCUCGAGGACCACACCUACGGCUACAGCGAGGGUCGGCCAUGCAUUCUCGUCAAGAUGAACAAGAUCAUCGGAUUCCUCCCUGGGGAAGCCAUGACUCCAUAUGUCUCCUGCACUGGAAAGCAGUACCGAGGAAAGGACAAGACCGGAAAUGUGAGUAAAGUUCACGAGCUGUGGUACUUCCCUCCCAAUGGAACGCUGGACCUCAUGUACUUCCCAUAUUAUGGAAAAAAGGCACACGUGAACUACACUCAGCCAGUGGUGGCCGUGAAGUUCGUGAAUGUGACGACCGAUGUGGACAUCAGCGUUGAGUGCAAGGUGCAGAGCUCAAACGUGAGGAACGAUGAUGAACGUGACAAGUUUGCUGGCAGGGUGUUCUUCACGCUCAACGUUGGCCUGAGCGGACAGGGCUCCCGUUAACCCUUUGUCUCCGAGUUUGUCAGCAGGUGGGGAGGAAAGGUCUGGGCUUAGAAUCUUUCACAAUCUGCGUUUAGGGUUGAGUCUGGGCGGGUGGUCCAUUCCUACACCCACCGGAAUAUAACUUUGGACAUCUGGACACAGAUAACAAGGGCGUAGUUAAAUUCAGAGGGCCGGAUUUGAAGUCUUUUCCAUAUCCUGAGUGUGGUCCAACUCUGCUGAACUCUCCUCCCCCUGCCCCGGAGAUUUGGGAAACAGAGUCUCGCUCACCAGUAACA